AUGCCUGCAAGUACACAAAUGAAUUUGGAUUCCGAACUAGAUGACAUAGAUAUCGGUGAUGGUGGCGGCGAUGAGUUGACUGUUGCACAGCAACUAGAUAAAGAAAUACAGAAAACUAUGACUACAGUACAGAAAUCUGGAAUAAACACAGAUCUUGAAUCUAUUAUAAGAGUUGAAAUGUGUAUCUACGAUAGCGCUGGCGGUGGUCGUGAAGUUUUCCUAACAGCAGCUUAUAACUAUUUACUUUCUAUAAUGCCUACAAGUGUUGAAGCAGAACGAACCUUUUCUUCUGCCGCUCUCAGGCCGAUGUUCAUAGAAGAACUAAAAAGGUUGGAAGAAGAGGGAGUAGUUACAAAAGAAAAUGGUCACACAACUUUGCUGUUCGCUGGCCUCCCUGAUAUCUACAAACCGAUGAUCAUGACUAUAGAAAACUCAGCUCUCAGGUCGAUGUUAAUAGAAGACAUAAAAAGGUCGGAAGAAGAGGGAGUAGUUACAAAAGAAAAUGGUCACACAACUUUGCUGUUCGCUGGCCUCCCUGAUAUCUACAAACCGAUGAUCAUGACUAUAGAAAACUCAGCUCUCAGAUCGAUGUUAAUCGAAGACAUAAAAAGGUCGGAAGAAGAGGGAGUAGUUACAAAAGAAAUUGGUCAGACAACUUUGCUGUUCGCUGGCCUCCCUGAUAUCUACAAACCGAUGAUCAUGACUAUAGAAAACUCAGGUAUGUCGAUUACUGUAAAGCCUCAGAUACUGGAUCCUCCUAUGUAA